AUGUCUUCCAGCACCCGAUCGGAAGAUAGGGUCAUUGAUUCACACAGCGCAUCUCUUGAGGAAGAGCAUAAAGCAAGCCUUUCUAAGCUGACAAAGAGAAAGAGAAACGCGGAAGAUACAGAGGGCGGAGGAGCUCAUGAAGCGGGUUUACUCGGUGCCAAGAGACACUGCGCGGAAGAUCACAAGAUGAAUCAAAGUGCCCAGUCUGACCAAGAAGGGGCAAGCAAUCAGCAAAUGAGCGACACCAAAGGGCAAGGAGUCGAUGAGAUGAACAUCGACAGCAAUAACAAAGAAGGCGAGCUGGAUCCAAAACUUAUGGAAGCAACGAAGAAGAUGGGGAUCAAGCCUGGCAACGAGGUCAAGAACGAUAUGGAUUGGGCCGAGUAA